UCGGAGCUGCUUGGGCCGCCCGCCCGCCCGCCUGCUCGCCAUGGCCAUGGCUUCCCCGGCCAUCGGGCAGUACCCUUACCCGCUGCUGCUGGAGAAGGAGCAGCAGCGCUUCCUGCAGAGCCUCAGCGCCAACGAGAGGAAGAAGAUCCUCAAGCGCUCCGCUGCCAAUGACCUGAAGCCGCUGCCGCAGCCCCGGCGCAGGAACCCUCCGGAGCCCGCGCAGCAGCAGCAGCAGCAGCCCCACGCCCAGGGGGGCAGCAUGGCGCAGUGGGGCGACGACGGGAAGGCUGCGCCCCAGCGCGACGCGACGUGCGCCCCCGCCGCCGUCUGGAGGCAGCACCUCGGGAGAGCCGCCGGCCCCGAGGCGCAGCCCAGGACCGACGCGUUCCUCGACGGCGUCCCGCUCGCCCCGCCGGACGACGGGCCGACGCUCGGGGCUCCCGCCACCCCCCGCCAGGCCCCGGCGUCUCCGGGCACGGCGGCCAAGCCGGCCCGCUCGGGGCUGCCGCACCACCCGCAGCACCACCACCGGCUGCGCCUGAGGUCCGCGGCGCCGCGGCUGCUGCCCGACGUGCGCACCAUCUUCGAGCAGCCGCGGGACCCCCGCGUGCGGGAGGAGAAGGGCGAAGGGCACCGCUUCGAAGCCGUCGCGCUCUGGAGGGGCUGGUGCGACCUGUGCGGGGAGGCCGUGCAGCAGCGGGCGCUGCGCUGCGCGAACUGCAAGUACACAUGUCACCAGGAAUGCAGAAGCCUCAUCCAGCUGGAUUGCAGCCAACAGGAAGGACAGACUCGCAGCAAACCUUCUCCAGAAAAUACCCUAACACAAAACUACAGCCAGAAUGUAACAAAACCAGUGGAAGAAAAAGAAGAAAAACCUAAAGCUCCUACUGUCCAAGAGUUGAAGGAGAAGAUUGACAAUUACAACUCAAAAGUCAACAACUGCUUGCUGAUGAAGCUGAAUGAUGACGGCACUUACACAGGCUUCAUCAAAGUUCACCUGAAACUUCGCCGGCCUGUGACGGUGCCAGCAGGGAUCAGGCCGCAGUCCAUCUACGAUGCCCUCAAGGAGGUCAACAUGGCCAACAUGACAGAGAAGAGAACAUCCUUCUACCUGCCACUGGAUGCCAUCAAACAGUUGCACAUCAGCAGCAGCACCACUGUGAGUGAGGUGAUCCAAGGACUUCUGAAGAAAUUUAUGGUGGUGGACAACCCACAGAAAUUUGCACUUUUCAAGCAGAUGCAGAAAGAUGGUCAAGUUCUAUCCCAGAAGCUCUCGGUAACAGAGUACCCUUUGUACCUCCGGCUACUAGCAGGUCCUGACACAGACAUUCUCAGUUUUGUGUUGAAGGAAAAUGAAACAGGGGAAGUUGAGUGGGAUGACUUCUCUAUUCCAGAGCUACAGAAUUUCCUGGUGAUACUAGAAAGGGAAGAAAAAGAGAAAAUCCAGCAAGUGCAGAAAAAGUAUGACAGGUUUAAACAAAGACUGCAUGAGGCCUUGAAAGAAGCAAAUGGGAAGCCUGGAUAACCUGAACUUGGAAGUGUGGCUAGGGAUAAACUAAAUUUCAAAAAAUUAUAUAUUAUUUAAAAAAUGGAAAGAAACCCCACCCAACCAAAACCUUUUUUUCCUCAGGAUACUUUUUCAAUUGGUUGUAGUCCAUGGUGUGUGCUCAGAACUGGCAACUAUAGAACAGGAAAUUAAAUGUUCCAAUCCACUGACCCUCCAGAAACCAAAAAUGAACACUGCUUCUUCCCAUCUCCCCUGCUUGUACAGAACAGAAUAGACAGGAAACUUUGCAGUGAAUGCUGAAUAUCCAAGGAAUUGGGUUGCUUAAGGUAUAACCACCCCCUCCCCUUCUCAAUGUAUUUCAGUGUGAGUUUGACCCUACAAACUAGUUUUGAAAUCUUUCCUCUUUGAGGCUAGCUUAAGGAUGAGCUAGUAGGUCACACAAGCAGUGGAAGAUGCCUUGUCUUCAAUUGUACUACCUUCUUUUCUUCUCCUGCCAUCCCAGUACCUUUCCACGUGGAUUUAUGUAUGUGUGGCAGCAGUGAGUUGAACGUGUUCUCUGUAGUAAUUUAAUCACAUGGGAGGGUUAUUGCUCUGGUACAUGUGGACACUGUAGAGGAUGCCAAACAGACUUGCACAGAAUGAACAGAAUGAAUGAACGAGAUGUCAAGAAAUCUGUAGAAGUAGAGCAGGUUUUGAUGAGCUUUAGAGUGCUUUGGCCUUUGAGCAAAAGAGUUUAUAUUUUCACACAGGAAAAUAAGGUCAGUUUUAUUUUUGUUUUGGCAACACUUCAGGGUUGUUUUCUUGUUUAUGCUUCCAGCCUAAUAUUUUCAACUUAGAGCCCUUCCUUCCAGUAUACAGUUUCCUCUUACCCAGUAGGAACUGGGACCAGGGUGCAGGUCUGCUAAUGAGCCAAUUUGGGGCUCAUCUCCCAGCACUCAAAAAAUUGGAAUUGAUUUUCUAUGUCAUUUGCAUUGCAAAACUGUUUCGUAACACCAGAAGGCCCACAUCGAUGUUUUCAGAACCUGGCUACCUUCUAUGACGUUGUUCGGAGCAAAGCUGUCUUUGGGAAGGCAAAGGAAGGAAGAUUUGUUUCUUUCUCAGGGCUGAGUGCAGGGGUUCUACACCGCAGCUGAAAGGGCACAGAGCUCUCGGGUACCUCCAAAGUUAUCUUCAGGAAGUCCACCACCACAGCUCCCCCAUAGACAGUUACCCAGUCUCUAAUACCGCUGUACAAGAUGUAUUAGCACAGCACAAGGAAAGCAAGACGCAGAUCCAGAUAAGCACAUGCAACUAUUGAACCCAGGCGAGAAAGCACUCAAAACUCUUCCUAAGCGCUGUUGAAACUGUUGGCCUGGCACACUGAGGAGGGACCCCAGGAUGUCAGCCUCCUGCGCCAUCACCAAGAGACAAGAACAGGAAACAGUCUUUGUAAGUCACUGACUACUUCUCCCUAGGAAUGUUGAGUAUAUAUAAAUAUAUAUAAUGUCAUGUUUUAUUUUUAUUUUUUUAAAGAACUGCUUUUCAAUAAUGGCACUCUUCCUUUCCCUGCUCCCCUCACCCCCAUCCCAUAACAGCAUGUCUUGAACAUUUUUAAUAGAAGGCAUGGCUUCUUAUGCAAUUUAUGUGAAUGCUGCUGACCAAGCCACCUGCAAAAACAGGCGGGCAUUAUUUUUGUUUUGUUUCUUUAAAAGAUUAUAUAUAGCUAAGGGGCAUUAAGAGGAGAAGGGGGGGAACCACCACGGAGCUUGGAUUUUGAGAGAAAGCUUAGCCACUUCAGCGGUGGCAGAGCAGACGCCUUAGAGAGAGGAGUUAGAGGAGGCCCUACCUUAAGAAGCGCAGACUACUGCUGGCAGUGCCUUUGUUAGUAUACUGUGUUGCCUGCAUCAUCUGUACGUGUGUAACUUUUUUUUCUUUCGAAAUGGGUCAAUUGUAAAACAUGUACAGUCUGUAAAGAAUGGAAUUAGUGAAAAGCUUACGUGGUAAAGUAAAUAACAUUUUUGCCAUGCUGGUAAUUUAUUUUUACUACUGUUUCAACCCUAUGACAUUUUGUUGAAAAUGUCACCUUCCUUCCAGCUUUUUUUUUUUUUUAAAGCUCCUAAAGAAAUCUGUCCAUGCGAUACAAAAUUGUGUUAAGAGAAGCUAUCGAAAAUAAAACAGCCUCUGAUGAA